GAAAAAUACAAAUGGAAUACCUAAGAUGUCUAAAUUGUAAUGGUUAUACACAUGCAAAAAAGUGGUAUUAUACAAUAUAUAUUAUAAGCAAGUGAUCCUACUAAAAAAUACAAAAGCUAAUCACUCUUAUGUAAGGAGAUCUAUUGGGUCUGUUGAAGCUGUCAGUUAGGUAGAUCUGCCUGGCUUUUUCUUGUGAUCGUUGGCUUAUUUUAUAUACCCAAUGAUGCUAGCUGGGACCUUAGAUUAUGCACCCUCUAACUCUAUCUAGAGGUUAUAUAUAUAUUUGUAGGAAGCACACAUGGAGUCCAUUUCCUCACUCCGGAGGGGUGGCACCAAUAAGUAGGUCGUAGGCUUUAAAGAAAGAGUUUGAAGUCUGAAAGUCUCAAAGUGAGACCCACAUCAUAUCAAAAGCUCAUAAAAAGGGGGAGAGGGGGAAAAAGGAAAAGCCAAAAGGUCUCCUCCCCAUGCCUUGUUCUUUUCUCCUCUGCUGAUAUUUUAUGUGCAUGCAAUCCCUAGCCUCAGAACAAAAACAUGAAGACUUCCACCUUUUGAUCCUAGUUUGGAGGGUUGAAGUUAGAAGAACAACAACAAUUAUUAAUAUCAAAUCAAACCUAGGAGAAGGAGAAGAUGGUGGAAAGAAUAGAAAGCCUUGUUGGCUGGUAGGGUUGAGUGCAAGUGGAACAUGGCUGAUAAGAGCGCUAUGUUUGGGGUGGUGGGAGGAGAAGAGAGAAGAAGGGAGUAUAGAAAAGGGAACUGGACCCUCAAUGAGACAAUGGUUUUGAUUGAGGCAAAGAAGAUUGACAAUGAGAGGAGGAUGAAGAGGUCCAUAGAGAGUGAGGGGAGGGAGGGUGGAAGCAGCAGCAGUAGUAGACCAUCAGAGAUGAGGUGGAAAUGGGUGGAAGACUAUUGUUGGAGAUGUGGUUGCUAUAGGAGCCAAAACCAGUGCAAUGAUAGGUGGGAUAACCUCAUGAGGGACUUCAAGAAGGUGAGAGCAUAUGAGAUGAGUUUGGGAGCUGAAGAGGGUGAUAGGCUGUCUUAUUGGAAGCUUGACAGGCAUGAGAGGAAGGAGAGGAAUCUACCCUCCAAUCUCUUGCCUGGGAUAUAUGAGGCUUUGAUUGAGGUAGUGGACAGAAGGGGUGUUGAGGGAGUGAGUGGUAGUAUUUCUAACAUGGCAGAAUUAGUGGGAGAUGAGAGGCAUAUGGGAAGCACCUCAGCUUCAAUGCCUCCAGUGAUGCAGCAUAAUAGGCCAGUCCCUACCUCACAAGGACCACAGCCACCACCAUUAUCUCCUACUCAUGAGCUCCCACAAGCUCAAGCAGCAGGCACCAUAGAUUCUGAUGAUGAUGAGCAUUCAAACUCACCUGAGAGGAAGAGGAGAAGAGGAGAAGGAAGCAGCAGCAAGAACAGUUCCCAUAAACUAACUUCAGCAAUCUCCAAAAGUGCUUCCAUUUUGGCAGAAGCAUUCCAAGCUGGUGAGGAGAAGGAGGAGAGAAGGCACAAUGAUCUCAGGAGAAUAGAGGAGAGAAAGGCCAAGAUGGAGCAGUCAAAGGCAGAGAUCAGUAUCCAGUCCAUGGAUGGCUUGGCUGCUGCAAUCAACCAGCUAGCCAGCUCAAUCCUUGGUUCACUUGCUGACAAGGGUCCAGCAGCUCCAAAAUAAAUAUAGAAAGAUUGCCACAAAAUGUAACCAAAAACUCUUCCAUUGUAUGUUGAUGAAUACCCUCUUAUGUUUCUUAUUUCACUUUUGGUGAAACCUCUCGG